GGCUGGGAAGCACAGCAGGGUUUCUCCAUUUUUAAAAAAUUUUUAAACCACAUUUGCAAACAGCCGGAAGCAAGAAAAAAAGCCGAAGCAACGCGUGGGAGUCAGAAUUCAAGGACUGCAGCAGGCUCGGGUGCCUUUGUCGUGCAAGGCGGGUUGGAAAACGUUGGAAAAAGGAGACAAGCUUUUCUUCUUUGACCAACAACGAUUCAGAGAUCGUAACCGGAGGAAUCGCCCUUGAUGCCAGCCAGCACGGUUGCAACGGUUUGCAUCCCGGGGCAGGUUCUGGAUCAUCGGGCUGGGUGGUGCUUUUGUUUGGAGACCCUCUGAGAAGGACAAUGGAAGAGCAGGACCUCAGGGAUCACCCGCAGAAGAAAGAUCCUUGCGGAGGGGAAUCCCCGCCCCGAAGGACGGGCCGAGAGAUCAAGCAGGAACCGGAUGAGGGAUCCCUUCAACAGUGGGAAGCUCAGUGGCGGGAGUUCCUGAAGACGGUGGAGACCCCGUGUUCGGGGAGCUCUAAACCACCCGUGAAUCCGUGGGAGAAUAGUUUGGCCUUCCUGGACUCCUUCGAGCAGGUGGCCCGAGCCUGUCAAUGGCCCCAGAAGGAAUGGGUGGCCCGGCUCCAUCCGGCCUUGAGCGGAGAGGCCAAGCAGGCCUUUCUGAACCUGGAAGGGUGCAGCAAGGGGGAUUAUGGGAAAGUGAAGGCAGCCAUUUUGAAAAGGGAUGCCCGGCGACGGGAGGAACAGCGCCAGCAUUUCCGGCGCUUCCGUUACCAGGAAGCUGAAGGGCCCCGAGGGGCUUACAGCCGACUCCAGGAACAUUGCCAGCGGUGGCUGAAGGCCGACAUGUGCACCAAAGAGCAGAUCGUGGAGCUGCUGAUCCUGGAGCAGUUCCUGGCCAUCCUACCGCCAGAGAUGCAGCGCUGGGUCCGGGCGUGCGGCCCAGAGAGCUGCUCCCAGGCAGUGGUCUUGGUCGAAGACUUCCUUGGGAAGAAGGAAGAGCUCAACAUGUGGGAACAUCAUGCAGGGGUAUAUCAUUGGGUCCUUUCUUAUGAGGUAUUAUCGGAGGAGGCAGCAACAAUCUCCAGAAUGAGCCAAGUUGGAACUGAGUCUGGGUGGAGGAUGAUGUAUGUGGAGACCAAACAGGAAAACGAUGACGACAGUACUGAUCUCUUAGGAUCUGAAUGGAAAAGUGAAACCGAAGAGAAACUGUGUGGGGAUUUCUCUGAAGAAACCGAGCGGGAACCCUUUGAAGAGAAAGUCUGGAGCCGAGUUCAACCCGCGCACCGAGAAGGAAACCAACAAGAAGAAUGGAUCGAUAAAUCCCUUCCUUGUCCAGCCAGAGGGUUCCAUGAGAUCUCACUCCAGCAAAACAACCAGGGAGGAGAGGAAAGGAACGGAUGCCUCAGUGAUCGCUGGGAAAUGUCUGCCGAGACUGAAACCCAGAAAAGUAUGUUUGGGAAGGAUCCCGGAGACAGGGAAAUGCUUUCUGAAGGAGAGAGUUCGUACACAUUUCUGGAAAAUGGAGAGAAGUUUCUGGGCCCUUUAAUUCCUCCUUCGUAUCAGGCUGCCCAUGCGGACGGGCAACAUCAGCCCGCUGAAUUCAGCAAAACCUUUUACGGUCCAUCCACCCCGCUCAAACCACCGACGGUCCCCAAAACGGAAAAGUUGUACAAAUGCUUGGAAUGCGGGAAGUCCUUCAGCCGCAGCGCCCACCUGACCUCCCACCAGAUCAUCCACACCGGGGAGAAACCGUACACGUGCAUAGAGUGCGGGAAGAGCUUCGUUCAGAGCGCCCACCUCGCCUCCCACCAAAUUAUCCACACAGGGGAGAAGCCCUACAAGUGCUCGGAGUGCGGGAAGAGUUUCAACAAGAGCACCAACUUUCUGAGGCAUCAGAAGAUCCACAAGGGAGAGAAGCCGCACCAGUGCGCCGAUUGCAACAAGACGUUUGCCGACAAGCCGAGUCUUAUUCAGCACCAAAGGGUUCACACGGGGGAGAGGCCCUACAAAUGCUACGAGUGCGGGAAGACCUUCAGUCACAGGGGCAGCCUCAACGCGCAUCAGCGGAUGCACACGGGGGAGAAGCCGUACGGAUGCGGGGACUGCGGGAAGAACUUCAGGGAUCAGUCCAGCCUUAUUAGACAUAAGAGAACCCACACCGGGGAGAAGCCCUACACCUGCUCCGAGUGUGGGAAAAGCUUCAGCCAGAGCACAAACUUGAGUUUGCAUCAAAAGGUCCACACGGACGGGAAGUUUCCGGCAGAUUCUCCCCAAAUACUUAACACCGGGAUGGGCGUGUUAAUCUACCCACCGAGUCCCACAAACAGUUUAGUGGCGCUUGAAAGCUAAGUGGUACUUGGCUCAAUAGUAGUAACCGUGAGAGGGAUCUUAGAAUCCUAGUGGACUAUCAUUUAAAUAUGAGCUAGCCGUGUGCUGCAGCUGCCAAAGAAGCCAACACAGUUCUAGGCUGCAUAAACAAAGGAAUAAAAUCAAGAAGUGUUUGUAUUGCUUUAUAAAGGCUUGGGAAGGCCACACUUGGAAUAUUACAUCCAGUUUUGAUCACCACGAUGUAAAAAAGAUGUUGAGACUUUAGAAAGAGUGCAGAGAAGGGAACCAAGAACCAAGGCUCCAAGGGAGGCUAAAACAUAUGAAGAACAGUUGCAUGGCCAGUCUAGUGAAGAGAAGGACUAGGGUGACAUGAUAGCAGUCUUCCAAUAUUUGAGGGCCUGCCACAAAGAAGUGGGGGUCAACUUAUUUUCCAAAGCACCUAAAGACAGAAUGAGAAACAACGGAUGGAAACUAAUCAAGGAGAGAAGCAACUUAGAAGUAAAGAGAAAUUUCCUGACAGUGAGAACAAUUAAUCAGUGGAACAGCUUGCCUCCAGAAGUAGUGGGAGUUGGUCUAGAAGACCUCCGAGGUCCCUUCCAACUCUGUUAUCCUGUUAUACUAUUAACCUGCUCCUUCGGUUGCAUCAGAGGCCUUUGUGUUUCCAUUUCCGCUCUUAACCCGUUUAUCCUGAACUCUGAACUUUUACCCUGAACUUUUCUGUCCAAGCUGCACCUCUACGGAACUUGGAAGCUCAUUAAAAUAUGCAGAAUAUACCCACGGGGUUCCCUGUAUGGCUUCCCUCUGGACUCUCUGGCUUAAAAUUGUUACCUUUUGUUGGCAACGCAGGUAGUCCUCGGUUUACAACCAUUUGUUUAAUGACUGAAGUUACAAGGUCGCUAAAAGAAGCGACAUAACUUCGCUUGUCUCUUGGUGUUUGCAGAUUCGUUCCUCAUGAUUGACUUAGGUGUAGCAUUCCGUGGAUUUGGGCAGGGUGAUGUUACGGCCUGGAUUAAUUUAUAUGCAUAUUGGAAUAUAUAACAAGGGGGUGGAAUAAAUCGGGGGUCUCCAAUCUUGGCAACUUUAAGACUUGUGGACUUCAACUCCCAGAAGUCCACAAGUCUUAAAGUUGCCAAGAUUAGAGACCCCUGGAAUAAAUGACGUCAUAUUUCUCACUCCAGUGGAUCCUUGGGAUUAAUACAAAGAGCCUAAGACCCUGUACAGAUGGUCCUCAAGUUACAAUCGUUCAUUUAGUGACUGUUUCAAAGUUACAACAGCACUGAAAAAUGUUGACAACGAUCGUUUUUCACACUUCCUACUGUUGCAAAUCCCCAUGUGAUCAGAAUUCAGACUCUUGGCAAGUGACUCAUGUUUAUGACGGUUGCAGUGUCCCGGGGGGGGUCAUGCGAUUCCCUUUUGUGACCUCCUUGACAAGCAAAGUCAACGGGGAGAUCAGAUUCACUUAACAACCCUGUCACUAACUGAGCAAUUGCAGUGAUGCACUUAACAGUGGUGGGAAGGAAGGUGGUAAAAUGGGGUGAAAUUCAUUGAACUGUCUCACUCAGCGACAGAAAUUUCGGGCUCAAUUGUGGUCGUAAGUCGAGGGCUAUCUUCAUUUAUAGGCCUCAAUUUCUUCCAUCCGAGGCGUGUUCUGAAACUUCACAAAUGUUUCAUUAUCCAAUUUCAAAAUUGUAUUAGUUUAUCAAAGCUAAUAAAGCUAGGGCCUCUGGUGGCUCAGACUGCUAAGACAGUCUGUUAUUAACAGCAGCUGCUUGCAAUUACUGCAGGUUCAAGCCCCACCAGGCCCAAAGUUGACUCAGCCUUCCAUCCUUUAUAAGGUAGGUAAAAUGAGGACCCAGAUUGUUGGGGGCAAUAAAAGUUGACUUUGUAUAUAAUAUACAAAUGGAUGAAGACUAUUGCUUGACAUAGUGUAAGCCGCCCUGAGUCUUCGGAGAAGGGCGGGAUAUAAAUGCAAAUUUAAAAAAAAAAAAGCAUAAAAUACAACAAUACAAGGGAAAUUUUUAAAAAAUACAGUAGUGGCCAAAAUUGUGGAAACCUUUUGGGGAAAGUGUCUUCUCUAAAACUAGUUAAUAACACCACCUUUUUUUGGAAUAGUACCAUAAAAUUAUAUAUCAGUGGAAAGAUAAUUUUAUCAAGAAUGUAAUGCAAUAACUUUUCGGAAGGAUUUGCUAUUAGAAUAGCAGUUACAGUAUAAAGGAGCAAAGUAAAACACGUAGAAAAAAAAACCUAGAUAUACAAAAAUUAACACCAUAGAUAAAACGAGAGGUACAAAAAUUAUCACAUCAGUUAAUACUUAGUUGGGUAACUUUUAGCAUGAAUUAUGGCCUUAUAACAUCUUCCCAUGGAGUGAACCACGUCUUUUAGUUCUGCAGCUUUAAUAGUGUGAAACCAAAAUUGAAUGAUUGCUUCUAAUAACUGGGUUUUAUUGCUGGAUCACUUCUGAAUAACAAGUUUCUUUAGUCGGCUCCAUCGAUUUUGAAUUGGGUUAAGGUCUGGGCUAUUCCCAGGCCAUUCCAGCAGUGGAAUAUGAUUAUCUUGACACCCUCCCCCCCACAAAAAAGUGGCAUUAUUAGCCAUCAAACCUCAAAAAUACACAUUUCUCAAAAGGUUUCCACAGUUUGGGCCACUACUGUAAAUGUAAAAUAAAUUAAACUCUUUUCUUGAAGAAUGAGUUCAUGAUAUAAAGUUCCUGUCCUUCAGUAAAAUUUACUCAUCUGUCAUCUCUAUUACAAUCUCAUUCCAUACGGGCCAAUCGCUUUUUCUCCAGGUAUUGUUCUUCCUAUUCUUGCAUUAAAGUCAGCCAUUAGUA